AUGGGUAAUGGGUUAGCAUCUCUUUCUUCAAUACAAUUUUCUCUUAAUUUAGAUCAUCUUGCUAAUAGACUUAGGUUAGCUGAUACUUGUUUUUUGUCCAAAUUAGUAAAUGGGUUGAUAUUUCGCCCCGAAUUAUUACAAUCAUUGAACUUCCAUGUACCUCAGUAUCAAUCACUUUUUUGUCUCACGUUUGAAAUUCCAUUUCGUCGUACAUCCUAUGGUUGCAAAAAUCCCAUUGAUAGUAUAUCCAGAGAGUGUAAUGCUAUGAUAAACUUUGAUUUGUUUAAUAUGAACGAUUUAUAUCCACCAAACCCUUAUUUUUCCGUCAACUAA